UUCCACACCUCAAAUCACUCUCACCAUCCUCUCCUUCUUCAUCUUCAGCAAUCUCACUAACUCGAUCUUGUUCGCAGCAACCAAGCAUGGCGUUCGGCACAAUCGCUGGCGUUACCGCCAUUCUGAUGGCGGCGGCGGCCAUGGUCUCAGCUGCCGAUUACCCCAAGGCAGAAACCGUGUGGUGCGCCGUAGCUUCCCGAUGCUCCGACGCUUACGUCAAAUGCCCCGCCGAAUGCGCUUCCACCACCACCCCAAACGCCAAGGGCAAGGUUUGCCAUGUCAAUUGCGACCACCCACAGUGCAAGUCCGAGUGCAAGAAACGCAAGCCGAACUGCGACGCACCAGGAUCGGCCUGCUACGACCCGCGCUUCGUGGGCGGGGACGGCAGGGUGUUCUACUUCCACGGAAAGAGCGGGGAGGUCUUCAGCCUGGUCUCCGACCCCAGCUUCCAGAUCAACGGCCGGUUCAUCGGCCACAGGCCCGUGGGCCGUCCACGCGACUUCACAUGGAUCCAGUCCUUGGGCCUCAUCUCCAAAACCCACAGGUUCACCCUGGAAGCCACCCGGGCCGCGGUCUGGGACGGUGAGGUGGACCACUUGAAAUUCGCCUACAACGGACAAGACCUCUCGAUCAGCGAAGGCUCCCUCUCCGCCUGGCAGUCCCCCGACGGGGACGUCAGGGCGGAGCGCGUCUCGAGUAGGAACAGCGUCAUCGUGACGAUCAAGGACAAGGUGGAGAUCCUGGUGAACGUCGUCCCGGUGACCAAGGAAGAUGACAGGAUCCACAAGUACCGGGUCCCCGAAAACGACUGUUUCGCCCAUCUCGAGGUCCAGUUCCGGUUCUUCAAGCUGUCGCCGCGUGUCGAGGGAGUGCUGGGCAGGACGUACCAGCCGGACUUCGAGAACAACGUUGCGAGGCCCGGAGUGGCAAUGCCGGUGAUGGGAGGCGAAGAUAAGUACAGAACCUCGGACCUUGUCUCUGCGGAAUGUGGUGCUUGCAUCUUCUCCGAGACAGAGGAUUUGAAGCAGGGGAAUGGCGCCGUUGAUUUCCCUACCCUUGAUUGCACCAGGGGAGCUGCAGCUGGGUAUGGAAUUGUCUGCAGGAAGUAAUUGAGGGUAUAUGGAGGUUUGAUUUGUGAUGGUGGAUUGAUGAACAUCAUCAGCUUCUGGUUUGAAUUUGAAGUUCAAUAAACGUUGUGGAGGCAGGGGAAGGGGGAUCUUCUAUGUUGUAUUAAAAUGAUCUCUCAUUUGUAUCUGGUUUUUAACGAAUUUGUUAUGUUCGUGUUUGUUUUUCAUCAAAGUUGUAACGCUAAUGUUGUGCUCGACGAUUAUCUUCGUAAUUGUACUACAUUAUCAUUGUAUUAUUGAAUUUUAAGUGAAGUUCUAUAAGAACGAUAAUUUGGUGAUUAAAUAUGAUGCUAUUUU